AUGACGGCUGGAAUCAUCUCUUCUGGGCUCUACGAUUGGCUGUUUGGACCUAACAGUAUCGAAGUGCCUCAAGGUCCCGUCGUAAUUUCGGGCUGUGAUACUGGGUUUGGAAAUUCUUUGAGCUAUGAAUUCGCAAAACGUCGUUGGAAAGUCUACUCGGGCUGUCUCACAGCUGCGGCUGUCAAGGAGUUUGAAGCUUCUGCCCUCGGCAUUGGCUACGGAGGAUCUGUUGAGUGGACGCCUAUGGAAGCCUACCGGAAAGUUAUGGACGUCAAUUUUAUGGGCAUGGUGGAAAUGACCAAAGCUUUUCCUCCUUCUCUACGAUUACAUGUCAAGAAACGUCCUGAUACCUUGGCACCACGUAUUAUCAACAUAACGAGUGUGGCGGGGCGUAUUACAUCAGCAUUUUCUGAUGCUCUCAGGAUUGAACUAGCUCCAUUCGGUGUGCGUGUUGUCAUCAUCGAGCCAUUUUUUGCUAUCAAUCAUGAAGACUUCAAUACUCUGUUGGAUGGUAUUAAAUCAAGUCUAUUAUAUGUAUAUAUGGAUGCAGAAUGCAACACGCCACUUGAGGCCGACACAUCAUUGAAUGCCAUUACAACAUCUGCCAAAUCUCCAUUGAGAGUGGUGAGGCCCGCUCCACCUGUUAGUAGGAUGUCUUUUACUAUGGAAAGACCAGCCUUCUCUCUUUCUGGUCUGAGACAGAGUGUUCUGAUUCGAUAUACUGGGCCCAUUGAGACCGAUAGCAUUAUAUCAUUCCUGAAAAGCUCUCCUACCGAAUUCAUUCCUAUUAGAGAAUGGUUUCGAGAUCCAGCAGACCUGGAGCAACUGAACUAUGUCAAGGUCGAUAAGUCUGCUCCAGAACCAUGGCUGCAUAUUUGGUCGAACUUUGUACGCCAAUUGGACAUGCCUGAUAAUGGCAGCGAGAGCCUAUACCAUUUCUUCUGGGACUGUAUUCUGUUGCGCCCUUUGUUGUACUUCUGUGAACUGUCGGAACUGGUAGUAGAGUACAAUCGAGACACAGCUGAUGCGUCGUCAGCUACUCUUCGCCUAAAACGGCCUGACGUCUGUGUAUGGCUGAACGGUCGAUUGGUUUACAAGAGUGAAGAAAAGAAAACUGGUGUCGGGCUAGGCGAUCCUAGCGAUGAACUUGUUGAGAAAGAUACGAACUGGUGGAUCGUAACUUAUGGACAACUACCCAUGUACUUGUGUACUGCUACUAAUGGAAAGCUUGUGCAGACAAAAGCCCUCAAAGUUGUUAUUCCGCUUCUCAAUCUGCAGGCUCCUAGCAGUCGCAUCAGAGCAGCUGUAUUCAUGAUGAAUUACUCUCGAGUUCUUCAAGCCUACAAGCAGGACCAAGGCCCAGGAUUACCCCUAAGUAUUUUCAAACCAGAUGUGAAAGUUUUAUCAAAAGAAAUGGGAAUUAUUCGCACGCUGAUUCUCUAUGAUGAUAAAAUUGAAAAGAAGAUUGAGAACUUUGAUGGUUACAUUUACUCGGAUUUGGAGAUAUCAUUCACCGCCGUCAAAUGCUUGGGAGCUACAAAGCUGUUUGAGUGUAUCUUGGAAGGAUUACGCAGUUUACACCGGGCUGCUCUUGUGCACAGAGAUUUGAGGUGGGAAAAUGUGAUCAGAACUCAUGGAAUGACAUGGGUCAUUAUAGACCUGGAAAAUGGUGGUCGAGCAGACACAAACCCACUGUUUGCUUUGGGUCAUUGGAAUGAUCAGGCUGUUGGGAACGUCAAGGACGAGCGUGGAAAAUACUGUCCGAAACACGACAUUCAGUCGGUUGGACCUAUGAUUGACAAGUUACGGCAGUACAUACCAACAGCAUAUGCAUCCUUAAUCACUGUUAAAUCUAUUUCAUAUUGA